GGAGGGGGAAAGCAGAGAGUGAGCUGCUGUCUCUUUGCAUGCAUUUACAUCAGCAUCGCUUGAGAAAAACCUCUGCUGCUGCCACAGCUCAAGUCAUCCAGGGAGGAGGAUGCACAGGGCAGAUCAAGGGAUGGGAAGAGGAACAGGCUCGUGCAGUGGGAGGUACCUCAACAGCAUCCACAAGGUGCAAUGACUGAUGUCCACUGUGUACCUCAGCAGUGGGAGCUACACCAGGUUUUCAUCCUCAGAGACCAAAAAGCAGCAGACAGCUUGCAUCAGGAAAUACUCUGAUUCAGGGUGGGCUGUGACUGACGGCAGACAUGAAGACUUUCUAGAUGGACAGGAAUCAUAAAAUCUGAACCUCCUGUCGAUCGCAGCAUCAUCUUCCAGGACUAUACAAGGCAGCUUUUGACCUCAUUUUCAAGCCGCUGCUUUCUGGCCGUACUUCCUGGCUUUGAAGGAUGGGUGAUGGGCCUGUGACUGCUCCUGCCUGCCUGCUUCACCCCACCCUUCAAUGGAGCCGAUGUGGAACUCCUCCCAACCGCCUCCACAGCUCAUGUCCAACAUGUCUGCCUCCUAUCUGCCCGAGGGCUGGGCCCUGUCCCAGUCGCUAGCCCUGCUGGCCAUGCUGCUCAUGGAUCUGCUGGCUGUGGUUGGGAAUGUGGCCGUCAUGACGGUCAUCGCCAAGGCCCCGCAGCUCCACAAGUUUGCCUUCGUCUUCCACCUGUGCGUGGUGGACCUGCUGGCGGCUCUGGUGCUGAUGCCCCUCGGCAUGCUCUCAAGCCGAGCCUUCUUCGGGGAGGCCCUGUGCCGGAGCUACCUCUUUCUCAGUGUGUGCCUGGUUAGCGCUGCCAUCCUCUCCAUCUCUGUCAUCAAUGUGGAGCGUUAUUACUACAUCAUACACCCCAUGCGCUAUGAAGUAAAGAUGACUGUUGGCCUGGUAGCGUCGGUGCUGGUGGGAAUAUGGGUCAAAGCCCUGGCCAUGUCUGCUCUGCCGCUGCUCGCUUGGUUCCUGCAAGGUGGAAGAGCGCCUCUCCUGGAGAGUAGUGGGGUCGGGGGAGGAGGAGGUGGGGCAGUCCCAUCUCCACCUGCUCAUGGUCACAGGCGUUGCUCACUACACUGGACGGGUGGGGGGUCAAAUCGCAUGGCCUUCAUGGCCCUGUUUACUCUGGUGUAUUUCCUGUGUCCACUCCUGGUCAUUCUUGUUGUGUACUGCAAUAUGUUCAAAGUGGCUCGAGUAGCAGCCAUGCACCACGGGCCUCUGCCUACCUGGAUGGACACGCCUCGGCGCCAGCGGUCAGAAUCCCUCAGCAGCCGCUCCACGAUGGUAACCAGCUCUGGGACGGGGACCGGGACAGGCAGAGCCACUCCGCAGCGUCCCUUUGGGGGAGGAAAGGCAGCAGCAGUGUUGGCAGCAGUAGGUGGGCAAUUCCUCUGUUGCUGGCUGCCCUACUUUACUUUCCACCUGUAUUCAGCUCUGGCUGCCAGCCCUCCGGCCACACUAGCAUCUCUGGAGGAGGUGGUCACCUGGAUCGGCUACUUCUGCUUCACCUCCAAUCCCUUCUUCUACGGCUGCCUCAACAGACAGAUCCGGGAGGAGCUGGGCAAGCACCUGCCUUGCCUGUUUCGCCGAGCAGGUGUAGAGGCGGAGGACAGACUGCCCAGCCGCGAAGGAUCCAUAGAGGAGAAUUUCCUUCAGUUUCUUCAGGGCACCGGCUGCAACUUGGAUCCUCAAAACUCUCACAGCACCUCCAGCCCUAAAGGGGAGGCCUGCUGCCCCGUGGCUCAGCCCCAACCGCCGGAGCCAGCACAGCCCAUACCGAUAGAUUUCCGUAUCCCCGGACAAAUCGCGGAGGAGACUUCAGAGUUUAUUGAGACUGAACAGGCGAAAAACAACCAUAUAUAUACAGACAAUUAAAGUUUUUAAAUGUCAUUGAGAUAUAAACUGUUUCAGGAGUUAUUUUAGUGAAAACACGUUUCUCUAUUUCUACUGACAGCUGUCCAAUAGUUCAUUUAAAUGACUUUAAAUUGUAUCUUUGAAUCAUUGCACUUUGCCUCAUCAGAUUUCAUCCUUACAGUAAACAGUCACAUGAUUAAAUGCAGUUUUUUGAGAUGCAUUUCAAACUGUUGCUUGUGAACAGGGAAAUUACUGCUAGAUUUUACAGUAAAAAUGGCAAAAAUGGCCUUCCACACAACCGCUCAGCUCUGUACAGUAAAUUACUUUUAUGACUACUGCAGUAUUGGUGUAAAGCCUUUUUUUAAAGAUAAAAAAAUAGCAUUAAUUAUAUGUUUGAUUCUAUGAAGGUAAAUUAAUUCAUGUUUUCAGAAUUUUCAAUUUAGGGAGCAUUUGCUGAAAUACACCGGCUCCCUCUCAAUUAAUUACUUCACCAUUGUGCGGUGAAGCUCUGCUAUUGGACGAAUUACUUUUGGUAUUCAGGAAUGAGGAUUAAACGGUACCACACACACCAACUGAUACUGUAAUUGUAACUGCCAAAUCAAUCAUUUUUGAGACUCUGUUAAGAUGAUUAUUCUUGAAGUUAUGUCGAAGAAGACAGCAAUAAAAUACACAAAAGUAUGAGUAUUUAAGGGAUCCAUUGAGGGAAAAGCACUACUGUCACUUUUGAUUGGUAGCUGUGCUUUCAUCAAUGAUAAAGCCACUGUUAACCCUCAUGCCAAUCCGAUUAGAAUCGAUUAGGAGGCGUACAUAUUGUGGCCUAACUCUCAUGGAAAAGUUGUUUACAGAUAACCACCUGAAUUUUUGUUCUCCUUUCUUUGGUGCUUGUCCAAACACAUCAUUUUUUUUUUUUUAUUUCCUAAUCUCGACUCAGUUUGGGUUGACUUUAUAACUCAUCACCCAGCUUUCUGCCAUGUGAUGUAUUAAUCAGUGUAUUUGGAUAUAGACCUUAAAAAUCAGUAUUCUCUUGAUGCACUGCAUUUACUUUCGAAUAUGAUUCUAUUUCUGACAUUUGUUAAAUGUACUAAAUUGUAUGUUAUGUUUAGUAAAACUGUGAGUUUGGGUUUUGUGUAUCACUCAGCAUGCCCAUUUUUCUUUUUAUUAGUGAGUGCAGUAACUGCCUUUUUUGUUUGUUUUUCAGCUGUGGAGAUUUUUUUAUUUUAUCCCGUAAGGAGAAUGCAUUAAGUUUGACUACCCUGCUCAUCAGGGUUUUAACAGUACCUCACAUGCAGGAAAAAAACAUUAUUUUACAGUCCUGCACAGUUCCAUGUCAAGUAUGACUACUGCACACUUUAUUCUAACGUUGCAAGGAGACUAAAGCAGGUGUGAUUUAUUAGAAAUGAGGGUGCAGACUUUGCUAGGUUUUUCAUGAUGAGGUGAAGUAGUAUUUUAUAGCAAACUGUUAGGGAAAAAUAUGACAAAACUAUAUGUGGAAAUGUUUGAAAUUGCUUUCUUAUGUAAUGUGGAUACAGGGUUUUUAAGAUAUUUUUUGAGUGACGAUGCCAAUACAAAAUCCAAAGCUUGUCGAGCUUCUUUUCAUCACGUCUAAAUAUCCCAAACUGUGAAUGAUGAUGUUGAACGUUUGUGUUAGGAUUUUCACUUGUUCAGAGAUUGUUUUUUAUGCUGUGAUAAAAAUAAAAGAAUGACUUCCACUGUACUGCAAUGAUAUGAAUGUGUUUUAGAAAAAUACACGGCUAAAACUUGAGUGAGAGAUGCUGUUGUAAUAAAGAGUUUCUAUGUUUGUAAAACA